GACGACCGUGGGGAGGAGGUCGCCGCGCCGGCGGAAGGUCUCGGGGUUGGGGUGCGAGCCCAGGCGGAGAGAGCGGCCCUCAGAUGCCCUGGGCCCGGAGACGUCCGCGGGCAGGCGGAGGCCCGCCGGCAGCAGCCGCAGCGAUGACGUCGCCCACGCCUUGCAG